AUGGCUGGUUCUUCAAUGGACACCGAAGCUGCAGGCCACGAGCUCAAGCACGGCAGCGGCUACAGCAUCCCGGCUACUGCUCAUGCGGUGGACACAGACUCGUGGCAGCAGGUGGGGCUGCUGAUGGUGAUCGGCUUCAACUGCGCCUACGUGCUCAGCUUCUCCAACCUCAUGAUGGUGCCCCUGGGCUGGGCAUGGGGCGUCGCCUGCCUGCUGCUCGUCGGCGCCGCCGCAUGGUACGCCAACUGGCUCCUCGCCGGCCUCCAUUUCGUCGACGGCCAGAGGUUCAUCCGCUACAGGGACCUCAUGGGCUUCGUAUUCGGGAGGAACAUGUACUACAUCACUUGGUUCCUGCAGUUCACCACUCUGCUUCUGUGCAAUAUGGGCUUCAUUUUACUAGGCGCAAGAGCACUCAAGGCAAUCAACACGGAGUUUACCCACACCCCUGCCAGGCUGCAGUGGUUCAUCACCGCGACGGGAUUCGUCUACUUCGCCUUCGCCUACUUCGUGCCGACGAUUUCUGCCAUGAGGAACUGGCUCGCCACGUCGGCCGUGCUGACAUUAGCUUACGACGUCGCUCUGCUGGCUAUCCUCAUCAGAGAUGGGAAAUCGAACAAGCAGAAGGACUACAACGUCCAUGGGACCCAAGCCGAGAAGGUGUUCAACGCGUUGGGCGCCGUCGCUGCCAUCCUCGUCUGCAACACGUCCGGGCUGCUCCCGGAGAUACAGUCGACGGUGCGGGAGCCGGCGGUGCGCGGCAUGAGGCGGGCGCUGCUGCUGCAGUACACCGCCGGCGCCGCGGGGUACUACGGCAUCAGCGUGGCGGGGUACUGGGCAUACGGGUCGGCGGUGUCGGAGUACCUCCCCAACGAGCUCGGCGGGCCAAGGUGGGCCGCCGUCCUCAUCAACGCCACCUCCUUCCUGCAGAGCAUUGUCUCCCAACACCUGUUCACGGUGCCGAUCCACGAGGCGAUGGACACGCGGCUGCAGCGGCUGGACGAGGGCAUGUUCUCCCGCUACAACCUCACGCGCCGCCUCUGCGCGCGGGGGCUCGUCUUCGGCUUCAACGUCUUCGUCACCGCGCUGUUCCCGUUCAUGGGGGACUUCGUCAACCUCGUCGGCUCCUUCGCGCUCGUCCCGCUCACCUUCACGUUCCCCAGCAUGGCCAUCCUCAAGAUCAAAGGCAAGAGCGGUGGGAGAUGUAACAGACUUUGGCAUUGGGGGAUCAUCGUUUUCUCCUCGGUUCUCUGCGUCGCUACCACUGCCGCCGCUGUUCGUUUGAUCUUCAACAAUGCUAGGAUCUACCACUUCUUCGCCGAUAUGUAG